GGCCAUGAUCAACUGGUGCUCGUCUUCAAACUGGCUUUGGGUCAGUGCACAUAGGAAGUGACACGCCAUCUUACCUUGUUGCUUUAGACUACAGGUGCCGAUAACAAGUCGCAGCUAGCAACUAAUGCCUGGUGUAAGAUGGCAGCACACAAGUGACAGCUACAAGAAUCACCCUUCAGUUAAUUUAAACUGCUUAUUUAGUUACUAUAUUAGAGAACGGAACUGUGGAUAGACAUCUAGAAUGUAUUUCAAACAAAUAUGCACAUUUGAUUAAAUAACAUUCCUUGUAUUACAUUAAAUGCAGCUUGAUAACUUUCUAAUCUUCGUCUUUAGAAAAGAGUUUCACACCGCCAUCUGCUGACCAAACAGCAGACUACGCGCUGACCCGCUGGUUCAUCUUUAUUAUUUUCAAAUAUUUAAUAUCUGCGGUAUAUAUUUUCUUAUUUAUAAGGAAAAUCCAAAGAAAGUGGAACAAUGUUUAAUCCUGACUGUCAAUGCUUCUACAGAGCGCCACCACCAGUGGUCUAUUAAAACGCAAACACACUACAAAGAUGUUUCAUAAUAAGAUGAUGCUGUUGCCUUUAAGCUCAUUAAUUCCCCAUAAUGGCCUGUGGGUGUUUCGUCGGUAUGUGUCUCUGUAUCCUGGUGGUAAAGUACCACAAAUGAUGCAGGCCUAAACAAUACAAUAAAACAGCGUAGAGAUCAUUUUUAGUCGAGAGUGAGCCGUCAUUGUUGUUUGAACCUAUCUUUGGUAAUACGCCACUUCCUCACAUUUGCUCAACAGUUAGCAUGGACUGGCACUUCCAAGCUUGUCUUCUUCUUAUUGUUAACAUAUACGACUUGUAAAGGACAUGUGGAUUAUUGGCUUGUGUAUUUAUUGAAGACUGCGCUGCUGUAUGACGACUGUUAGCUAGUUUUAUGUUAGCUAGUCGUAUCGCUAGUUAGGCUAACAAUGUUUACAGAGUUGAACAGCAUCUUGAACAUCAGCCCGGAAAACUUCCCGACGGAAGAAUUUGUGCUGCUGUCUGACAGGCAGAGUGAUGCCUCCUUCCUCGUCCAUCACUUCCUAGGCUUCUACCUCAGAGCUGGUUGUAAAGUGUGUUUUUUGGGCCUGGCUCAGUCUUUCAGUCACUACAGUGCUGUCAGCCAGAGACUGGGUGUCAGUCUGUCUCAGGCAAAGGACAAAGGUCAGCUGGUAUUCCUGGAGGGACUCAAUGAAUCCUUGUCCAUCUUGAGUCCACAAGAUGCCCAAACAGGAAGUGAAGCCAUGGACUUCCUUAGGAAUCCUGCUGCCGGUCUUCGUAGUCUCUUUCAGUUUGUGAACUCCAGCGUCAGUCAGGGGUGCGCAGAGAUGUUGUGGGGUCCCCCUGUGCUGCUGGUGGAUGACCUCAGCGUGCUGCUGAGUCUUGGUGUGGGCGUGAGCGCCGUGCUGGACUUCAGCCAUUACUGCAGAGCUGCCGUGUGCUCCCAACUAAAGGGCAAUGUUGUGAUGCUGAUGCGCUGCGACAGUGAAGACGAAGACGACGAUGGAGGCUCAGAGAGACUGCUGAAGGGGUUGACUCAUCAGUGUAGCCUGGCUCUUUACGUACAGGGUCUACCCACUGGCUACUGCAGGGACAUCCAUGGUCAGGUGGAGGUGUAUGACAGGAGGAAAGGCAACAAGAAGACAUUUCAGUACAAAGUCCAGGACAAAGCAGCCUCCUUCUUUCCUCCAGGGACGUCAAGCGCUGUCCUCUAGUCUCCAAACAUUCUUGCUAGCAGCAGGAGGACAAAUGAGAUGCCUGAUCAGGAGGAUGCCGGUCUUCUCUUGAGAACUGUUGGACUUUGAGUCCAGCAUGAUAUUAAAUGACACACAGAAGCUCAAAAAUUAUCAUUUAAUAAUUGUCACAAGUGAUAACAGUAUACAUCUUCAUAAAUACAUGCUUGUAUACCUUCAAGUGUUGCUGGGUUAUUCACUGAGAAACAAGGAAUCCAUUGUUGAAAAUGCUCUCACGGAUGUGAAAAGAAUGAUUGAGGGCUUGUUUCCAAAUGUGUCCGUUGGAAAGCAACCAGUUUGUAUUUCAUAUUUUGUAUUUUUCAUUCUUUUUUAAUAGAUGUGUAUGCACCUACUAUACCAAAACAAAUUCCUAGUAUGUGUUUGAUCAUACAUGGCAAUAAACCUUUUCUGAUUCUGAUUGGCUGGCGACCAGUCCAGGGUGUACCCUGCCUCUCGCCCGAAGACAGCUGGGAUAGGCUCCAGCACCCCCGCGACCCCCGUGAGGAUAAGCGGUAGAAAAUAAAUGAAUGAAACGAAA